AUGUCGAGGGACUGUAUCUCGCUCAAGGGGUCGAAGCAAUGCCCUGCCUUCAGUUCUGCUUCUAUUGCUGUCAGUGACAGUUUGAUCGGUCUAUACCCUUUUCUACGAUAUGUCUCCAACCUCAACGAUUUCGAUGAGAAACUCGGCUCCUACGUUCACAAUGAAUAUGUCAAAAUGAAGUACCAGGACAUACUCGGAUGCGAAGGUUUGAACCUUAAGAACACAACUUCUCUCUAUGCUCAAUAUACAACCAGCGUAAUAUGUAAUGGAAUAAUACAAAAUUCAAAAGAACCAUGUCGGCUGUCCGAAGAGAACUCCAGACCACUUUGUGCAGAGAGCUGUGCAAUGUUUGCUACCAGUGAAGAAAGAAUUACUGUCAACCAGGAUCUAUGUCGGUCUCCUAGCCGCAAUCAGAUGGACCAAAUUCGGGCAGACUUCACGGUAUGCGCUAUCCCAGCUAAUUCGCUAUCCGGACAUUGCAUUCCCGGCUCCGACAAUGAGCCAAAUGAAUGUGGAUUUGGACCAAAUUUACUAGGCCUGUGCGGCUUCUGCUCGCAGAAUUCGGUCAAUGGCACCGAUACCUGCUGCUAUGCCGCCAAUGCGGAGCAGCGCUGCAAGGGCAUCAAGCUUCCAGAAAUCCCAACACUACCACCUCUGUUUCCACAUCCAACUUCGACAACCAGUCCUUCGCCAACUAGCAGACCAGGUGGUGAAGGCCUAAGUGGUGGACAGAUUGCUGGGAUUGCCAUUGGAACGGUAUUAGGUUGCGCGCUCCUAAUCGGUCUGGCGGUUCUAUUCAUCCUUUGGAGAAGACGGAAGCAGAAUGAACCUGCCGAAAACAUAUUCAAUCAACCCACACCUCCUCGCACCAUGGCAACGGUCCCAUCAUAUCCAGCCGGCAGCAGUUCAGCUACCAAACAGCAGAAAGGGUACGAGCCCAUCCCCGGAGGCCGUGUUGCACGAAUGUCGGCACUUCAAAGUGCCAGCAGCCCACCAUCACGUCACGCAUAUCAUGAUUCAGAUUCCGAUGUAUUCGGGGACAGCCCGUCUGGAGGCAGGUCGAGACGUGUCCCACCCGUCACAGGAAGAAGGAACGGCUCACUUUCUAGCGCGUCUGCCCUCGCUGGCGAUGGUGACACGCUAUCUCCCAAGUCUGGCAGCGGCGGCCAGUACUCGUCUCCCGAGGGCGUUGCCAGCGGCCAGUCAGAGCAACUUUCUUAUUUCCGCGACUAUUACUCACAAGACGACAUCCAUCCAAAUGACAGAGUAUCUGUACUCUGGGCAUACCAACCUCGCGCCCCUGACGAGUUUGAGCUAGACAGAGGCGACAUGCUGAAAGUCAAACAGAGUCCACUCAGAGAUAGCGGUGUCUCUCAGGGGUCAGGGGCACGACCACCAUCAUCGCCAACUACCGGAGAAAUAAAAGCAUUCCCACUCGUCUGCGUGUGUCUGCCCCAACACUGGCGGACAACUAUUGACGGCUACCUUGAAGGAAGUGACCAAGAACCUUCAACUUAA